AGUGCUGAUAAAAAAGUGAAUCUGAGUACAUUUUUAUUUUUAAAUUAAAUUGAAUUUGUCGCAAUUAUGGGUGAUGCCACUUUUCUCGAAGUUGAUGACUGUAUUAAGGCUAACAAUUUAUUAUUACUUAAUGAAGAUAAGGAUGCUUUGAGUCAGAUGGACAAGUUAAUGGAACAAUAUGAUUCAACACCAUCUAUCCUUGUACAACCCACUCCUGGCAUCUGUAUGAAAACACGAACCGUUAAUGGAGAAAAAGUUUUCGUCAAUAUAUGUACAUCAGAUAAAAUUCCACCACCAGAGGAUAUAUCUGAUACUAAAUUACUUGAACUUAUAAACGAACAUGAUGAAGUACCUGCUUAUGUCAUACCAAUGAGUAUUGGUUUUGAAAGAAUAGAAGCAGAUAGAUCUGGAACACCUAGUGCAACAUAUGAUGUCAUGAUAAAUACCACAUACCUCAAGAAAUGUAGAGAAAAGAAACAUUUUAUGGCAUUUACAGCAUUAGUUAUAUUGAGUGGCGUGACAGAAAAAUUUCAAAAAGAGAUUGAUACAGAAAAUUAUGUUAUUCUUAAAAAUCGUACAGUAAUGGGAAAACUUCAGCAACAUAGAAUAGAAAAUCGUAAACCUAAAAAGCCACAGGGUCACAAAUCAUUGAUCGAGGAAAUUUCACAUUCUACGAAGCCUAUCAGUAGUAAAACUAAUCUAUCAGCUGACAAGGAAAUAAAAACAGGUUGUGUAAUUUUAAGGAAACCAGCGAAAGGCCCAAUUGAGCAUAUAAUCGCUUUAUUUGAUAUGCGAAAAAGUGUUUCAGUCGAUGAUGUAGUAGUAUUGAUCAACUCUGAUCGUAUAAAUGUAACAGAUGAGAAAGCUUGUUAUUCAUAUGACACUUUACUGCCUUAUACACUAAAAGCAGAUAAUGCGAAAGCUUUUUUCGAUUACAACAUUGGGAUGUUACGAAUAGACAUAUCAACAGAAUAA